AUGACCGGUCCUCCGCCAACGGGCGACGCGGUGACGCCCCAGCUCCUUCGCCGUCACACGACCGGCGCCGUGAGCUUCGGCGACGCCGGCGACGUGUGCACUGAGACCGUCGACGUCGACCACCAGCGCCGCUUGCUGGAUGAGAUUGCCAAGCAGGCGACUGUGCUCUUUGCCGGCGGCGUCGCAGGCAGCGUCGGGAAGACAUGCACGGCGCCGUUGAGCCGCCUCACCAUCCUCUUCCAAGUCCACAGUAUGGUCUCUGCGACGCACAAGGGCAAGUUCUCGGACUCGUUGCCGCAGGCCUUCAUGAAGGUCGUCCGCAACGAGGGCGUCGUGUCACUUUGGAAAGGCAAUGGCGCGAGUGUGGUGCACCGGUUUCCAUACUCGGCCGUCAACUUUUUCACGUACGAGCUCAUGAAGGGGUCAUUCGGCGAGGCGUCGUCGCAAUCGGGGCAAAUGUCGAUCAGCUUCCUCUCUGGCGCGAUCGCGGCCGCGACGUCCACAAGCGUCUGCUACCCCAUCGACCUCAUUCGCACGCGCCUCAUCACGCAGCUCGACAAGGACAUUCGGUACCGCGGUAUCUCGCAUGCGUUCCAUCGCAUUCGCGCCGAAGAGGGCACGCGUGGGCUCUACCGUGGCCUCUCGACGACGCUGCUCGUGACCGUGCCCAACAUGGCCGUGAACUUUACCAUGUUCGAGGCCCUCAAAGAGAUGGCGCUCGCAUACCGCAGCCGCGAGAACGCGUCCGUGAACACGUCGCUCGGCGUUAUCGACACCCUUCUCUGCGGCGGCGUCUCGGGCAUCAUCUCUGGCAUCCACGGAGGUGGGAAGGCCUUGUCCGCCAUGGAAAUCACGCGUGCGCUGUACGCAGAGCAAGGUGUGCAAGGCUUUUACCGAGGUCUUGCGCCCGAGCUGCUCAAGGUCAUCCCCAUGGUCGGCAUCACGUUUGGGUCGUUCGACUACAUCAAGCAGGCGCUCCAGCUCGAGGCGCGGUAG